AUGAAUAAGAAACUUGGAGGGAAGCAACCCACGGGAACUCCAUCAUUGGCAUGGUCGUGUGUUGUUGUCUUAGUGUCACUUCUCACUGGCGCUUCUGUUGUGCANUCAGACGUGUGCGCUUGCCCUACGUUUCUGUACUUGAUAACAAUUAGCUUUGCUAUGAAACUUUACUUUCUGGCAAGCAAAAUAUCCAAUUUAUGUGAUGAUGUGAAAAAGAAGUGCUGUGAACUUCAGACACUGCAAGGAAUAGUGACUUUAUACAUGAUCGUUGAACCUCAAAUUACUUCGUGUGUUGUCGAUUACCAGUAUUCGUUACACGGGCUGUCGGUGAAUUCCAAUGAGUAUGGGCUUACAAUGUCCGAGAACAGUGAUGGGGACUGCCCUCCUGCUCUGAGAUUUGUGACCGGAAGCUCAGAUGUAGGAACCAUAAAUGCCCAGCUCCAUGUCUUAGCACGAUCUUACCUGCCCAGUGAAGGCAAAUUGUUCAUUUUGGACACUAGUUAUCAAUUUGGGUUCAUGUUUCUCUGGAAGUUCUUGAUAGAUAUAUAUGUGCUUGAAUAUUUUUCAACUAUUGGUAUUGAAAGCGAUUUUCCAUAUGUCAAGAUCGGAAGCUAUGGACAAGAUCUGAAUCUUAUGACCAGAUACCAACACAUGAUCCUCAUGGAUGAAAGAGGUAACAGGUUCACCCCGUUUAACGAAUUUGAAACUGUGAUGGAUACAAACAAAGAUUUAAAUGUGUUAGCAGUUGCCAUAGACUUACGCCCUAAACGUCUAAUCCACAUGAGAGAUGGUUCAGAAACAUAUGUGCAGGAAGUUGUACUAAUUGACAAGGACUUCCAAACAAUUCUACUGACAAUGUGGGAUGCCUUUGUUGAAAGGGAGUGCUCUACAAUUGCACAGAAUAUAUCUAAGAAACCAGUGCUUAUAGGACUCCACUUGAAAGUAUCUUCAUUCAACGGGCUGACACUAUCCACAAGAACACACAGCUGUUUCUUCAUUGAUCAUAAAUUUAAGGAAGUGGAUGAGAUGAAAUUAUGGGCUCUCAACAAUAGUGGAAGAUUAAAUGAAAUCACUGCAAUGAAAGCCUAUCUUUUGUUAAGUCCUUCAAAGUUGUCACCUCCAGCUGCAAACAGAUUUACUCAAAUUCUGGAAAUCCAAUCUUCAGUUCUCGAAAACAUAUAUUUCUGGGAGAAAUGUACUCCUGUAGAUUUUGCAAAUCUAGCAACUCAAUUGCAUCUCCAAGAGCCAGAGCUGAUGUAA